AUCCCGCUCCUUUCCAGGUCCCUCUCCCGGUGAACCGGAUGCUCUGUCAGUCUCCUCCUCCCCGUCCUCGGCCGCCAGCCCGGUCCCUCGCGAAGCCGCUGCCGCCCCCGAGGGCCCACCCUGGGGGCUCCCGGCGACCGGCUUGGCGAGCGUGAGGCGCGGUAGGAGCUGGGCGCGCACGGUUACCGCGCGUGGAGGAGGCACUGCCCUGCGGCCAUGGGUGCCCGGGGCGCUCCUUCACGCCGGAGACAGGCGGGGCGGCGGCUGCGGUACCUGCCCACGGGCAGCUUUCCCUUUCUCCUGCUGCUGCUGCUGCUCUGCAUCCAGCUCGGGGGAGGACAGAAGAAAAAGGAGAACCUUCUAGCUGAAAAAGUAGAGCAGCUGAUGGAAUGGAGUUCCAGGCGUUCCAUCUUCCGGAUGAAUGGUGAUAAAUUCCGAAAAUUUAUAAAGGCUCCACCUCGAAACUAUUCUAUGAUUGUUAUGUUCACCGCUCUGCAGCCUCAGCGGCAGUGUUCUGUGUGCAGGCAAGCUAAUGAAGAAUACCAAAUAUUGGCUAACUCCUGGCGCUACUCAUCAGCGUUCUGUAACAAACUCUUCUUCAGUAUGGUGGACUAUGAUGAGGGAACAGAUGUUUUUCAACAGCUCAACAUGAACUCAGCUCCUACCUUCAUGCAUUUUCCUCCAAAAGGCAGACCCAAGAGAGCUGAUACUUUUGACCUUCAAAGAAUUGGAUUUGCAGCAGAACAACUAGCAAAGUGGAUUGCAGACAGAACAGAUGUGCAUAUUCGGGUUUUUAGACCACCCAACUACUCUGGUACUAUUGCUUUGGCCUUGUUGGUGUCACUUGUUGGUGGUUUACUUUAUUUGAGAAGGAACAACUUGGAGUUCAUCUAUAACAAGACUGGUUGGGCCAUGGUAUCUCUGUGUAUAGUUUUUGCUAUGACUUCUGGCCAGAUGUGGAAUCAUAUCCGUGGUCCUCCAUAUGCGCAUAAGAACCCGCACAAUGGUCAGGUGAGUUACAUUCAUGGGAGCAGCCAGGCGCAGUUUGUGGCAGAAUCCCACAUCAUUCUGGUGCUGAAUGCUGCUAUUACCAUGGGGAUGGUUCUGCUAAAUGAAGCAGCAACUUCCAAGGGAGAUGUGGGAAAGAGGCGGAUAAUUUGCCUCGUGGGCCUAGGCCUGGUUGUCUUCUUCUUCAGUUUUCUACUAUCAAUAUUUCGCUCCAAGUACCAUGGCUAUCCUUACAGCUUUUUAAUUAAGUGAAACCAAGUGGGAUUUGAGUAAAGUGAAUGUUUACCAUGAAGAUAAACUGUUCCUGACCUUAUACUAUUUUGAAUUCAUGAUUUCAUGUAUUGUUGAUUGUGAUAAGUUAGCUUAUUCUUGUAUAUUGUUUUUUUUAAACUGUGGGGUUUUUUUGGUAUGUUUAAUUUAUAGUAAUGAAUAGCAACAUUUUUAAGUGUUUUUUAGCAUACUAAAUUCAGUGUAUGCCACAGAUGGAAAUAAAUGACAAUGUAACUA